UUUUCCGGUACAUUUUUGUGAGAUUAUACAAACUUUGUUUUUAUUUUAAUAUUUGUAUUUGAUUCCUACUGUUUAUUUUGUUUUUAUUUACAGAAAGGGUUAUUAUUUACCGGCACUCCUUAGACGUCAUUUACCCGACAAGCGGUGGUAAACAGUGUGACGUCAUAACUGCGGGACACCGUGCUGCGCAGGUUGGAGAAUCGAAGGUGAAAUAAAAUGAAAAUAAAUAUAAAGAGAAAUCAUUUGAACAACAGGAAUUCAUCAGAGACAGGAUAACCGGGACGGCUGGAAGACGGUGGCGCUGUGGUGUAAACUUCAAAUGUUUAUAAUAAAACAUUUACAUCUUUAAGGAACACUAAACCGAUCACGGAGGGGGUCACCAUGUGGACUGCAAGAGGGGCUAUGAGGUCCAGCGUCCUGCGGCGGGUUGGUUCUGCUGCAUCCUGGAGGUCACCUCCAUCGGGUCGCAGUGGACCUGAACCUCCGGCAGCCAGACCCCCUGCAGUUUGCUGUCAGAUGUCACCCAUCAGGACCCGGUCAAGACAUGGGGCUCUGUCAAGAGUUGGCACCCGGUCAGGACUCAGGACUCUGUCAGGACUCGGGGCUCUGUCAGGACUCAGGACCCGGUCAGGAAUCGGGACUCUGUCAGGACCUGGGGCUCUGUCAGGACUCGGGACCCGGACCUGGGGCUCUGUCAGGACUCGGGACCCGGUCAGGUCUCGGGACCCGGGCAGCACUCCAGACUCUCUCAGGGCUCUGUCAAGAGUUGGCACCCGGUCAGGACUCGGGGCUCUGUCAGGACUCAGGACCCGGUCGGGACUUGGGACUCUGUCAGGACUCGGGGCUCUGCCAAGACUUGGCACCCGGUCAGGAAUCGGGACUCUGUCAGGACCUGGGGCUCUGUCAGGACUCGGGACCCGGUCAGGUCUCGGGACCCGGGCAGCGCUCCAGACUCUCUCAGGGUUCCGUUGGAUCUCUGGGGGCCCUGAUGGUGCAGUUGGGGGCCUUGAUGGUGCUGUCGUGGACCCCGGCUGGUACAUCUCCCUCUCAGACUCGGCUCCGGUCCACCUGUGCGAACACUUCCUGCUGAGCGUGCAGCAGGUGGGGGGGCUGCCGUGGUGGCUGAGCAUUGUCUUGGCAACGCUGUUGGUCCGGAAUGCCGUCACUCUGCCGCUCGCCGCCUACCAGGCUGUCAUCUUAGCCCGGGUGGAGGGGCUGCAGGAGGAGAUCUCGGAGCUGGCUAAGAGGCUUCGAUACGAAGUGUCGGUCCGAGCGAGAGAGAGAAGCUGGACUGAGAAACAGAGCCGAUUCCAGUUCAAGAAGAACCUGCAUAGGAUAGUUUCUCAGCUUUACGUCAGAGACAACUGUCACCCGUUCAAAGCAAGUCUGCUGAUCUGGGUUCAGCUGCCCCUGUGGAUAAGCCUCUCUCUGUCCCUCCGGAACAUCACCCUGGAUCAGUCAGCUCUGCAUGCUGACCUGGCAGCAGGGGGUGCUCUCUGGUUUCCUGAUCUCACUGUACCAGACUCUACCUGGAUCCUGCCGCUUGGCCUUGGACUCACCAACCUGAUCAUCGUAGAGGUGUUUUCUUUGCAGAGAGUGAACCAGUCUCAUCUUCAGAGGAUUGUAACGAACAGUAUUCGAGGGUUCUCCGUGUUGAUGGUUCCCAUCGCCGCUACAGUUCCUUCUGGUCUGGCGCUGUACUGGCUGUCCUCCUCUCUGAUUGGUCUGUCCCACAACCUGCUCCUCAGGUCCCGCCUCCUACACAAAGUCCUCAGACUGAAGACUCUCCGUCAGUCUGAGACUCCAUACAGAGACCUGCUGACCGCUUUCAUGUCCAAAUACUGCAGAUAAACAUGCAGAUAAACCCUCUCUCACACACACACACACACACACACACACACACACACACACACACACACACACACACACACCACUAGUUUGUGUUGUUCAGUUAAUCUGUGUGCUUUUUAUUCAAAUAAAACUUGAAUUUUGUGUUACAUUUUUCAACAACUGUUAAACUGUAACAGUCAGACAUUAAACAGUUACAUGUGA